CUGAAAUCAAUAUCAAAUCACUAUGAAAUAGGCGACUCUUAUGGGAUAGUAGUAAUAAAUCACGAUAGAUCAUGCAGUAAUGAUGAAUCGUUUUCAGUAGUUGCGGAUUCGGUUGGCGAACGAUUCCUUUCCGGUUUCGGCGGUCAGGUUGACUUCAUUCGAGGCGCGGCGAUCGGUGACGAUGGCCUUGGUAAGCCAAUCAUCGCUCUGCCGGCAGCCACCAAGAAGGGAAUCUCCAAGAUUGUUCCAUAUAUUAACCAGGGUGCCGGUGUGGUGACUUCACGUGGUCAUGUUCACUAUGUGGUUACCGAAUACGGUAUUGCACAGUUGUGGGGCAAGAACAUGCGUCAACGAGCCUAUGAGUUGAUCAAGAUCGCACAUCCAAACCAUCGUGCUGAACUGGAGAAGGCCGCUUUCGAGAGACUGAAGGUGAUGCCAUCGGCUGAUUAA